AUGGCCUUUUCUCCAGAGCUGAUUCAUGACCUCCAGGAGGAGCUCAUCUGCUCUCUCUGCAGGAAGUACUUCACAGACCCAAUUUCCAUUGAUUGUGGUCACAGUUUUUGCCAUUGUUGCCUCCUUGACGGCUGGCAAGAAGCAGCCUCUACCUCUUUCUCCUGUCCAGAGUGCGAGAAUGUCUCCCAGCUGAAGGAUUUCAAAACCAAUAUUCAUCUUGAGAAACUGGUCUGUGUUGCAAAAAAACUAAGACUCCAUUGUUCGCAGUACCCUGAAGGACCUGGCAAGUGUGAGGCACAUCAGGAAGAGCAGAAGCUGUUCUGUGAGGAUGACCAGAGUCUAGUCUGUGUGUCCUGUUCUCAAUCCCAAGAGCAUGAGGCUCACAAGCUCUGUGGCAUAGAUGAGGCUGCUGAGAACUUCAGGGGGACACUCCAAGAAACCUUGAUUCUUUUGUGGAGGAAAACUGAUAGCGUUGUUAAACAGAGGUCUAAUGAGAAGAUUAAAUUUGUUCGGUUGGAGGAUAUGAAAGGAAUAUUAACCAGGAAUGAAUCUGUGCUCCAGAAGGAAAUAGAAACCUUCCAUGUAGGCACAAUGCUCUAUUCCAUGCCUGGAAUUAUAGACAGGAUUGUCAGUUUCAAAGUGGAUAUCACUCUGGAUUGCAACACAGCUGAUCCAGGUCUCAUCAUAUCUGAGGAUUUCAAGAGUGUGAGAUAUGGAGGUGUCCAGGAGGUAGUGCCCAACAAUAGACGGAGACUUGUAGAUUUUGCCGAAGUUCUUGCUACUCAGUCCUUUAUUUCAACAAGAUGUUACUGGGAGGUGGAGGUGCCAAAUAACACUGCCUGGUGUGUUGGCAUCCGUACAAAUUCAAAAGAUUUUCACAACUUCUUUAUGCUUAUGACUGUACAGAAGCAUAAUUGCUACCUUAUUUAUGCCAUGGCCCAGAACAAUCUCAAUUCCCAAAUCCAUAAAAAAUACCGCCAGAUCAGUGUGCCCAACUUAAAAGUUGGCAUUUUCCUUGAUUAUGAAUGUGGAGAGAUAUCAUUUUAUCAUGUGAAAAGUAGAUAUCUGAUUUAUACUUUCCCUACCACUUCCUUCUCAGGACCACUCACACCCUUCUUCUGUCUUUCCAAGAAAGUCCUGACAAAUGAUUGCUCUCUCGUGAUCUGUCCCUAA